AUGGGUGAACCGCUUGAGAAAGGUUGUGUCGCAUGCGGGUGGACACUUGACAAAGAAAAGCGGUGCCAUUACACAAGCCACCUCAAACUCUUCUACGGCGCAUCUACACGGGGUGUGUGGUCUAUCGGGUCAGAUGUAAUUCUGAAGGACCGGCCCGAUGAAGGUCCAAAAGCAAAAGUUGAAGUCAUAACAUUGAACUAUUUAGCGACCUAUACCGACAUUCCCGUCCCGAAGGUUUUACGCGACUGGGUCGAUCGAGAUGGGCGGUACUUCGUUUUGAACGAACGUAUAGAUGGUCAGACACUUGAGGAGGCAUGGACUUCUUUGUCAGGACCCCAAAAAUUAGAUAUUGCGGGUCAAGUCGUGAAAGUGCGAAAGCAGCUUCGAUCCGUCAUGUCAACAUCUAUUCAAUGUAUCGAUCAAAGUCCCUGCUAUCCAGGCUUAUUAUUUUUCGAUCUCGAGCCCCGUGGACCAUUUCACUCUGACCAAGAGCUCUGGGAUGCUCUGGCUCUUAACCUUGGCCACCUCCCUCAACAAGUUUUGGAGAACUUAAGGAAGCGCCUACCAAAAUGUGAACCGUAUGUGCUUACUCAUUGCGAUCUCAAUUUGGGAAACAUCAUGGUCCAAAACGGAAAGGUUGUCAGUAUACUUGACUGGGAAUACGCUGCCUUCUUUCCCAUCUGGUAUGAGUACGUUUCGGCCUCGGUUGGAUUUACAGACAUGGAUGUUGAGUGGGAAAAAGUUGCUCCGGGGGCGCUUAGCCGUACAUGGCGAAGCGCACGAAAAUGCAAAGGCAUUCUGGACUGA